CACACACAGAAUCUAGUGGAGAACCAAAAGAAGACCGAUUGUGUCACCAGCCGGACCUGUGUAAUGAUAUCUGGGACAUUUUACUCUUAAAAGGUUCCUAACAUUGUUUGUGGAUGGGUUCACUGUUGUGCUUGAGGAAGUCCGCUUUCCUGCAGACGUGUUCAGUCUUGCUUCGCAUCACCCAGCACGAUGUCUGGCUCCUACGAUGAAUCCACUGUCUCUGAUGAGGCCAUGGACAGCUUUUGGGAGGUGGGGAAUUAUAAGCGUGCAGUCAAGAGAAUCGACGACGGCCAUCGACUCUGCAAUGAUCUUAUGAACUGCCUUCAGGAGCGUACCAAGAUAGAGAAGUCCUACAGCGCACAGCUCACCGAAUGGUCCAAAAGGUGGAGGCAACUGAUCGAGAAAGGGCCUCAGUACGGUUCUGUGGAGCGAGCCUGGUUAGCUAUGAUGACAGAGGCUGAUAAAGUGAGCGAGCUUCAUCAAGAGGUCAAGAACGGUCUGAUGAACGAGGACAUCGAGAAGGUGAAAAACUGGCAGAAAGACUCAUACCACAGACAGAUGAUCGGGGGCUUCAAGGAGACCAAAGAGGCAGAAGAGGGCUUCAAGAAAGCCCAGAAACCCUGGGCUAAGAAACUCAAAGAGAUGGAGACGGCUAAGAAGACGUAUCACAUGGCAUGUAAAGAGGAGAAGCUGGCUGCAGCGCGCGAGGCAGACGCUUCUGUCACUCCAGACCAGCAGAAGAAACUGCACGAGAAGACAGAGAAAUGCAAGCAGGAUGUGCAGAAGGCGAAGGAGAAGUACGAGAAGUCUCUGGACGAGCUGUCGAAGUGCACACCACAGUACAUGGAGUGCAUGGAGCAGGUGUUCGACCAGUGCCAGCAGCACGAGGUCAAGCGGCUGACCUUCCUCAAAGAGGUUCUUCUGGACAUCAAACGACACCUAAACCUCACCGAGAACCAAAACUAUGCGUCAGUGUACCGCGAGUUUGAACGCACCAUUCUGGCUUCCAACACACAAGAGGAUCUCAAGUGGUUCAGUAAUAAUCACGGCCCUGGCAUGCAUAUGAACUGGCCCCAGUUUGAGGAAUAUAAUGCAGACGCCGCCAACCCUGUUGCCAAGAGAGAAAAGAAGAAGCCAGACGGAGUGGCUCCUGCUACUCCAAACACAGAGCAUGCGGGUCAAGCCGGCGACCGCGGCAGUGUGAGCAGCUAUGAUAAGAACCAGGCGUACUCCACAGAAUGGUCCGAUGACGAUCAGCCCGCCGGAUACUCGGGGAACGAGACGAACGGCGGGGGAAACUCUUUCGAGGAUGACACGGUCAGCAGAGGAGGCGUGCGAGUGCGGGCGCUGUAUGACUAUGAAGGCCAAGAGCAGGAUGAGCUGAGCUUCAAAGCAGGUGAUGAAUUAUCAAAGAUCGAAGAGGAAGAUGACCAGGGCUGGUGCAGAGGUCGCCUGGACAGCGGCCGGACAGGCUUAUACCCGGCCAAUUACGUUGAGGAAAUCUGAUCACCUGACUGGAGGACAACACACCUUUGGAGGCAGCUCUGAUUGUCCGAUCUAA